CCAAAACAGCCAAAGCAAUAAACCAAGCCCCUAGCAAUCUCGCAAAGCUACAAAAACACACACGGUAACCAAGUAAUAACCAUGGCAAAGGCACAGGCGAUGGGCGCCCUCCUGAUGACCGUCCUGGUGGUCCUCGCCACGUCGGCCGAGGUGGCGCACGGCAUCUGCAACCUGUCGAGCGACGGCAUCCGGGCGUGCCAGCCGGCGGCCGCCAUCCGCAACCCGACCAACCAGCCCUCGGCCGCGUGCUGCGCCGCCCUGGCCGGGGCCGACCUGCCGUGCCUGUGCCGGUACAAGAGCGCCGCCGGCGUGUGGGUGAGGUUCUACAGGAUCGACAUCAACCGCGCCAUGGGGCUGCCCGGCAAGUGCGGCCUCGCCAUGCCGGCCAACUGCUGAUCGCCGUCAGCGGCAGGGUCUUUGCUGCGAUCGUCCUUAUUACAUGCGCAUCAAGACAUGGGUAUACUGCUACGUACUGUAUAAGCUAGCUACGAGAUCGAAUAAACCAAUGCAAGCACGUCUGUGCUUCUUCUCCUGGUACAGUGUGAUGCUGAGCUGAGUGAGCUUGUUAAAUCACAGGGCAUUAGUAAGUGUCAGAACUGUAUUAUAUAUGUAAUACGUGUCCCGUCCACUGCAAAAGGUGGACGCAUGAAUAUGAAUUAACAGAGGAUCGUUCACGCA